CAUAGUUGUUUUGAGCGUGUCGCGAUUCAUUUCCGCUGGGAGCCGCCGGAGGUUCGCCAAGAAACUUCUGCUGACAAUGAUGACUUUACAUGCCGGUGACUUGCUAUGCAGCUGUCAGCAUGGACAAGUCUAAACUACGUACGAUACGGGCGUAUGUUUUUUUGGCGGGGUUAUUAAGUCUCAUUCUUCCUGCUGAAACUUUGCUACUAUCAAGAGUACCACGUUGGUUUGGUUCAGUCCAUGCUCGUCCAGCCGCGAGUGUAUAUGUUGAGCGGCGAAACGAUAUAGAGAACAGGCGUUGGAGGUGCGUUAUCGCGAUUUAGCUGCCGAGGCUAGUCCAUGUUAGCGAGCAAUGCGCGCAUCAGCGGCCAUGUUCCAAUGUUGACGCCGCGGGACAUCAUACUACGCGCCCUCGCCACGCCUGAAGGCUAUUCA